UAAUGAAUUUAAGACACUUAAAACCCUAGAAUCAUUAACUUUCAUGUUUGUUUCAACAAAAACCUGAAUAAAAGUAAAUGAUAAGCAACAUUUUUAUACUGAACUUUGAAACUUCAUCUUACAUUUCAAUCCUAUGUUAUUCUUAAACUAAUGAUAUCACAGGUCGCCCACGAUGGCCGGAGGUCUUUUCUCCAUCAGUAGAGAAUAUUUUACGGAACUUGGUACCUACGACCCUGGAAUGGAUAUCUGGGGAUGAGAAAACUUAGAACUGUCAUUUAGAGUCUGGAUGUGUGGUGGUACCUUAGAAAUCAUUCCAUGCUCUCAUGUUGGUCACAUCUUCAGAAAGAGAAGUCCGUACAAGUGGAGGACUGGUGUCAACGUUGUCAAGAAAAACUCAAUCCGAUUGGCUGAAGUUUGGAUGGACGAAUACAAGAACUAUUAUUAUGAAAGAUUCAACUAUGAUCUGGGAGAUUACGGAGAUGUCACUGACAGAAAGAAGCUCCGGGAACGUUUGCAGUGCCAUAGCUUUGACUGGUUCGUCAAAAAUGUCUAUCCAGACCUGUUUGUUCCAGGGGAAGCCAUUGCUUCUGGAGAGAUCCGCAGCAAGGCCAAGCCGAUGUGUAUCGACAGUGCGGUGGAUAACCACAACUACCACAAACCGGUCAACAUAUGGCCUUGUCACAACCAGGGGGGCAACCAGUAUUGGAUGUUGAGUAAGAACGGAGAAAUCCGUCGAGACAAUGGAUGCCUGGAUUAUUCCGGAGGAGAGAGCGUUAUUGUUUAUCCGUGCCACGGCCAGAAAGGAAACCAGGAGUGGCAAUACAGAGAGGACAACUCCAUUUACCAUGCCAACACACAGAAGUGCAUGGAGACCAGCGUGGACGGUCAGAAGCUGACCAUGAAGACAUGUACAGGGAUAGACAGACAGAUCUGGACCUGGAAGAGGAAGUCACCUAGUGGGAUAAUCAGGAACAACUAAGGGGCAGACAACUACUGCUGUUGUGGUGUGAAGGGUUCUCUCCCUUUGGAAAGAGAAAUAUUCACCCACCAAAAAAAAAAAUGUACAACUGCCAAACCCCAAUAUUUGGGAUAACAGUUUAACAUCAUACUGCUUAAAAAACACGUGUGAUAAACUUGAUAGUAUAUUUGAAAAAAAAAAGAAAGAGGAAUAUUUUUCUAUGCAAACAGUAUUUUUCUAUGUUGAUGUGACAAUGGUUUCUUAGUCGUAAACACUUUGCUAGAUCUGUGAUCUCUUUCUGUAUGCCAUAUAUAACUGCAGGAGGGAAAGAAGAGGACAUACAUUGUCAUCGGAGAAAAAAAAUCAUGUUAAUAUUAUUCAUAUAUCUUUAAGAAGUCAGUCAUUCAAAGAAGGAAAUAUGCUACCUUGACAGUACUUUAAACAUAAUGUACUUAUAGCUUUAGAUUUUUGGAAUCUAGAAAGUACUUUAACUUUAAUUCAAAAUAUUAGAUUAACAACUAAUUGAUUUGAUUUAUUUUUCAUUUAAGAAUUUGUUUUGCUCAGAUUAAUUUUUUCAUAGGUGUGCAAAAAUCUUGAGGCGAAAUUAAGUCUCUGCAAUGAUCAGUUAUUUUCAUUUGGGGUUAUUUAUCAUGUUUCUACGCUUUAUCAUACAAACAAAUG